AUGCUAGUUGAUCGGGCUAAGAUACUUAAAGGAUUACAGAUACUAUGCUCCAGGAAGGCCCUAAGGUUUAUUCCAUUCCUACUUGUGCUUGUGGGAGUACUAAUGAUAUCAGUAAGAAUGAAGUACUCUAAGAUUGAAAAGUUCAUUCCCUUCUAUAAGGAAUAUGAAAAUGCACAUUUAGAGAAAAUAGUUCUAACUGAAAGUCUUGUUCACAUCGAGAACAUGGAUAUAGUACCGAUACAUAAGACUGCAGUUUCACCACUUGAUUUGAUCGAUAAGUACAACGAAGACAUCGCCGACAAAAAACGGCAGUCUGGUGAGACAUCCGGUGACAAAAGCCCAUAUAAAUACUUUCCUGCGCUCGAAAUGCCUUCUAGAUGCUACUUUUACUAUCGUAAUUUGAAGAAACUAAAUCCCAACUGGAGUAAUGACUUCAAAAGAUGGACUUUUCUCCCAAAAAAUUUGGCUGAUAUGGAUGUAGGCAAAGUGGUUGACGAGGACGGACAGUCGUUGGUAAGUGCGGACUCUAUUUUGUUUCACAAACGGUUGAAUAAUGUCGCAUUGGUGAUGGAACGUAUGCGCAUUUACCAAACAUGCUUCUCUGGCUCUAUUCAAUUAAGUAGUAUUUACAAUGAUGAUCACCUUGAACUGGAAUUUGAUAGAGCUUCAAAAUAUGGGACCAACGGGUUGCCGGAACAGACCAGCAAAGAAGAGCAGUGGGACUUUGAGCAUCGGAUGUGGCCAAUAAUCAAAUAUUACAAUAAGGCAAACUUUACAAAGUUAAUGCCCAUAAUCAUUGGAUCAACAGGUCCAUUGGAGCAAGGCCACUUGCCUCUUGAUGGUAGCAGACACCCCGAAGGUGAGUUUAGCGCGGAAUAUAAGUAUGAUGACGAUAAAUCGUUCCUUUGGAAUUGGAAUAAUAUGAGUAGUAAGUUUGCAAGCAGGGGCAUUGUGCUGAGUUUUGAAGAAAGCGAAGUCACCCUUGCAGCAAAACUUAUAGCCACACUUCGGUAUUUGAAGAAUGAAUUACCGAUCCAAAUUAUCACGAUGGGAGACUUGAGCGAAGAAUCUAUAAGAAAACUAUAUGAGAUAGCUGAGGGAAAUGAUAUUUUUGAUCCUUCCGUGAAGGUGAAAAAUAGAAAUGCUCCCAAACAGGUGAUUUGGUUCGUCGACGUUUCACCAACUUUAGAUCCUUCUUACAGUCACGAAUUUAAGGGGACGAGAAGGCAAUUACUAGCAGCAUUAUUGAACCUGUUCAAUGAAUACAUCUUCAUGGAUGUUCACAUAAUUCCUUACAUUUCGAUGGACAAUUUACAAUCUCUUCGGAGCUAUCGUGGCGCAUUGUUUUUUCAGGGAAAUGCAGCAGUCGAGUCUAGUCUUCUAGAUAGUAGCGCUUUAGAGCAUUGCCGCUAUAUGCUGUCUGACCUCUUUCCUUCAUGGGCUGAAACUUACUACGAAGUUGAUGAUGUUUGGUUUGACGACUAUGCCAUGGAGAAUACAUGUGCAACUUUCUACUCUCCUGAGAAAAGGGCUUACAAGAACUUGCUUUAUCGCAAUAGUCGCGACAACAUUGACAAUGGAAUUUUCAUCAUUGAUAAGUAUAAACGCAUGAGCUCACUAAUGAUUGGUACUUUCUUAAGUCUGGGAAAGAUUUGCGAGAAAUGCGGUAUCGAAGAUAAAGAAUUCUUGUGGCUGGGAUUUACUAUCUCAAGUACCGGUUAUGAGUUUUCAAAAUAUGUCAAACCUGCUGUAGUUGGAGAGUCUGUUGAUCUAAGUCAAGAGCUCAGCGAUACAGAUAGAAUGCUAAACCAUAAAAUUGUAAAGAUAUGCAGUGAAUCUUUAUCUCAUGUGACUACAGGCGGGCAACUCAUUUGGGCAAAUUUCGGAGUCAAUUAUUGUGGCUUAGAAGGCGUCCAUUCUGAUGGCAAUAAAACCUUGAAAUCAGAGGCUUUUACUACUGCCGAAGAACUAAACAAGCUUCACAAAACACUCAUAAAUCCUAAAGAAUGCAUUUUCACUGUGGCUGGCAAUGACGCGUUAAAUACUGUAGGUGAAAGUUGUAGCGGUCAUUUGGUUUGUGCCACUUAUGAGCAACACGUAAGACCCUACACGUUCGAUGAAAUCAUUGAACGAGGCAGUAUGGUUCACAUCAAGUCUGAUUUCAUUGCUGAAUACGAUAGAAUAAAUGAGGUAUGGGACAAAAAUUAUUUGACAUGA